CUCCCCAUAUUUAUACAUAACCGAGCCAGCCCGAUGAAUUCCCAAUAGGAGUCGGUUGAGAAGUUAGCUGAUUUUUAAUAAUAAAGCUCUCUUUUUAAUCUAUCUUUAGCUUUCUGGGUCAGUUCAUACUUUUUCAGCUUAAUUCAUUUAGUCGUAUAAACUUCCCACAAAAACUGCAAGCUGGAUUUUGCCGGCAAUGACUUCGCAACCCCUAAAACAAUAGCAAAUAAAUCACCCAUAGAUUCUAAACCAUAAUCAGAAUAAAAUGAUAUCCACCAAGCCCUAAAAGCUCACUAAGGCCAUUUUUUGAUAGAUGAUUUCUAAUGGGAAUGUAUAAUACCCCUUAUUUUAAUUUAUAAUUCCCCUUAUUUUAAUUUUUAGACAUCUCUGAUUCUCUCUCUACACCGGUGACUCAGCUUCUCUCUUCUCUUACACCCUCCUCAGUCAAUGAUAUUGUACUUCAAAUACUCUUCCUUUCUCCCCAAGCCACGCUCUCCAUCUCUCUCUCUCUCUCUCUCUCUAAACUCCAACGUCUGAGCAGCUCUUAAUCCCCUUCCUGCUUUCUCUCUCGUCUGCCCUGCGCUCUCCAUUGACCCCUCUUGAUCUCUCUCUCUACCGAUAAGAAAAAGAACACUCUUUUUCUCUCUCUAACACCGCCAGUCCAGUUUUGGUUGGUGUGGAGAUGGUUCUCCCGCUGGUGAAACUUGGAGCUCUUGCCUUAAAGACUUUCUGCAAACCCAUCGCAUCCAGGCUGAAGAAGGAGGCCGGCUUGCAUCCUCGAUUCCGCCAACUCAUCAUCAACUUCGCUCAGGCAAACCACAGAUUCAGCACACACAUGCAACGUCGCCUUUAUGGACAUGCAACUGAUGUCGAGAUCCGGCCUUUAAACGAGGAGAAAGCUGUUCAAGCUGCUGCUGACUUUAUUGGAGAAUUUUUUGUAUUCUCGGUUGCUGGAGCUAUCGUUAUCUUUGAGGUGCAAAGAAACGCUCGAUCAGAAGCCAGGAAGGAACAAGCACGAAAGGUGGAGCUGGAGGCAUUGAGACAAAGGGACGAGGAUUUAGCAAAAGAAGUAGAGCUUCUCAAGCACAAAAUCGAGGAGUUGGAGCACCUUGCGAAGGGACGAGGCCUAGCCGGGGUGUUUAACUUCAAACAUACUCUCGCAGGUGAAGAUAGUCGGCCAACAGCAGCCGCCACUUGAAUAGCCUUGGGCAAGGAAGUUUCAAACCUCAAAUGUUACCUGUCAAUGUCCUAAUUUUUGCUCUCCUUCUCAGGACAUUGGUUUUCUUUUCAUUAUUCAAUUAUUGCUGCUUCUUGUGGCCAUGGUUUAAUGAUUUGCUUCCACCCUAACAGUGUAAAUGAAACUAUUUGUUGAAUAAGUAGAGGGUCUGAAGCUUCCCUUGU